CCGGCACGCGUUCCAAAAGCAAGGCGGAUGCGCUGAGUAAACGCGCCGUAGACACGCACGCGAGUGUGCGUCGGGACGAUUCGGCGCUUCUAGAGCGUCGUGACGUGCGCUGCGUGGCGUCGAACAAAGCACCGCGGGCUGUGGCAUCAGCUGAGCAGCUCAGGAAGACCAGACUCACAGCCAGCCCAAGCCGCGAUGCGGAAGGCCGUCCGCGCCGCGCUCUCCACGGCCCGAACCGCGCGCACGCCCGGCCCGCUCGCGCGCUACGGCCAGCUCGUCACGAAAGGACGGCUGAGGAGGGACGCGGCCCAGGUCGCCGUCUUGGAACACCUCGGAAGGUUACACCGCGUCUUGGCGCGCGAGCGGGAAGCGAGGGACGCCGACGCCGCGGCACGGGCGGUCUGGGCCACGACGACCAAAGAGGAGGAGGACCCCCCGAAGGAAUGUAGUAGUAUGAUCGAUCCGCGGGCCGUUGGUAGGAAGGCUGAAUUGAGGAAGAGGAGAGGUACCACGGGUAGCGAAGCUUUAGACCGAGUCCUCAACCAGAGCAAGAGCGACGAGGUCUACGAGCCGCGCCAACCGCGCAUCCCGAAGGGCCUAUAUGUCCACGGUCAUGUGGGGAGGGGCAAAAGUCUGUGCUGCGACUUGUUCUUUGAAGGUUUGGUAGGAUACAAGAAGCGGCGCGUCCACUUCCACCAGUUCAUGCUCGAGGUCCACCGGCGAUUACAUGACGCGCGCGCGGAAUGUAAAAGACAACAUAAACGGCCGCCGUCGACGCGGGACGCGUUGAAAGCUCUGGGCCGAGAGUUAGCGGAAGAAGCGGAGAUUUUGGUCUUCGACGAGAUGCAGAUCACGGAUGUGUGCUCUCGGCGUCUGACGUCGCCCUCACGCCAUCGACGCGACUCGUCUCCACGAGAGAUGGUGAAGGGUCGUCUUUUUCCCGAUUUUCGUGUCUCUCGCAGGUCGCGGACGCCAUGGUCGCGCGCCAGUUGUUUGAUGCGUGCUGGGAUGCUGGCUUGGUGCUCGUGGCCACAUCUAAUAGACCGCCCGAAGCUUUAUACGAGGGCGGGCCGAACCGCCAGUACUUCUCGCCCUUCGUCACGCGGCUGCGGGAGCAGUGCCGCGUCGUCUGUUUGGAUGGCGAGAGCGACCACCGGCGGCUGCGGUUGAGUCGGUCCGAGGACGAGGAAGCUCCACCUGUCAGAUACUUAGUCCAGCAUCUGGGGGAAGCCCACGCCCUCGCGGCCGCAGCUACUCAAUUAAGUGCAGCGGCUCCGAAGGUCCUGGGUGCGGUGCGAGCUGAGAGUUUGGACCUGCCCCACGGCAGAUCAAUCACGCCGGACAUCUGCCUCGCCACCUGGGCCUCGCGCAGUUCGCUGCGAGAGAAUUCCGUGGAAGGUGCGGUGUUUGCGUUCGAGGCUCUCUGCGGUAGCGAGAGGGGCGCCGGCGACUUCCACGCCGUCGCGCGGGCGUACCCGUCCCUAGCCGUCGCCGACGUGCCGGCGUUUACUCUCAGAGACCAUGAUGCGGCCAGACGGUUCAUCACCCUUGUGGACGAGUGCUACGAGCGGAGGAAUCUGUUGGUCGUCGUGGCUCGACGAGGUCCUGAUGCGUUAUUUCCGUCGGAGGACGUGUUCGAGCGCCAAUUGUCGUCGGAGAAGACUGCAGGUGUCGAUCGCGCGUCCGGUCCGGUCUCUACCAUAGAUCCAGCAGAGGACGAAUGCGCGGCUCUAGAUCUGGUUUCUGUCAGGGAGCUCGCCUGGGCGUUUAAAAGAUGCGCCUCGCGCUUGGCGGAAAUGGCCGCGCCCGACUGGCCGCAAAAGUUGACGGAGGCGUCGGCCUCCGCGUAAGGUGCUUGUAUGAUAGUUCGUGCUCCCCACCACGCCGUCGCCGCGACGCCAUCGAGCACUACAUAACACCACAUUCC